AUGGCCUCCGUCUCCGAGCUUGCUUGCACCUACUCGGCUGUCAUCGUGCGUGCGGAAGAGAUGACCGUCCCGGAGGACAGGAGCUGCCCCGCGGGAGGCCCUGCACCUGCCACAGCGGCCGCUGCAGCUGAGAAGAAAGUGAGAGACAAGAAGGAAGAGACCGAGGAGUCUGAUGACGACAUGGGCUUCGGGCUUUCUAAGUUUAUUCUUCAAUAA